CCGCCAAGCUCGAGAGGAAGAGGCCGGCUCGGCUGCCUGCCUGCCUGCCUCCCUCACAGCCCGCCGCCAUGGCCGCCGCGCCUCCCGAGGCCUACUACUUGGGCUUCGACUUCAGCACUCAGCAGCUGAAAGUCAUUGCCAUAGAUGAGCAACUGAGAGUCAUCCACGAGAACCAUGUUAACUUUGACAAGGAACUUCCAGAAUUUGGCACGCAAGGCGGUGUCAACAUUCACAGAGACAGACUGACAGUAACUUCUCCUGUAUUAAUGUGGAUCAAGGCCCUGGAUAUGGUCUUGGAAAAGAUGAAAUCUUCUGGGUUUAACUUCUCUAGAGUCAAAGCUUUGUCUGGAGCUGGACAGCAACAUGGGAGCAUCUAUUGGAACGAAGGAGCGAACUUGAUUUUACAGAAUUUACCACUCGAUGUCCCUUUGCAUCUGGCACUGAAGUCUUGCUUUUCUAUCAAUGACAGCCCUGUUUGGAUGGACUCCAGCACAAGUGCCCAGUGCUACGCUCUGGAAGAAGCUGUUGGAGGUGCUCAGAAACUUGCAGAGAUCACUGGAUCACGAGCUUACGAGCGUUUUACAGGAAACCAGAUAGCGAAGAUUUACAGCCAGAACCCUGAGGUCUACGGACAGACGGAGAGGAUCUCUUUGGUCAGCAGCUUUGCAGCCUCCCUGUUUCUCGGGGCUUACGCACGCAUUGAUUACAGCGACGGUUCUGGCAUGAAUUUACUCCAUAUCCGUGAAAAGAUAUGGAAUUUGGCCUGUCUCGAUGCUUGCGCACCUGGAUUGGAGAAGAAGCUGGGCCAUCCCGUCCCCUGCAGCAAAAUACUGGGUUCUGUUUCGCCGUAUUACAUUAAGCGCUAUGGCUUUAAUUCCAACUGCAAAGUUAUAGCCUUUACCGGUGACAAUCCAGCAUCUCUGGUGGGAAUGAGGCUUGCAGAAGGGGACAUCGCGAUUAGCCUUGGCACGAGUGAUACAUUGUUCCUCUGGAUCAGAGAACCAAAGCCUGCUUUAGACGGCCACAUCCUUUGCAGUCCAGUGGAGACAAACGCCUACAUGGCCCUGCUGUGUUUUAAGAAUGGUUCUUUGAUGAGAGAGAAGAUUCGAGAUGAAGUUGCCUCUGGCUCCUGGGAGGAGUUUUCCAAAGCGUUAACGUCGACACCUGCCGGAAAUAAUGGAAACAUUGGUUUUUAUUUCAAUGUGAUGGAGAUUAUACCUGAAGCUGUGGGAAUCUACCGAUUCGACUCGCAGAACAACAGCGUCCCGUCGUUUCCCAAGGAAGUGGAGAUAAGGGCCUUGAUAGAAGGACAGUUCAUGAUCAAGCGGCUUCAUGCGGAGAAGUUGGGAUAUAAGAUCUUGCCAACAACCAGGAUCCUGGCUACCGGUGGGGCAUCCUACAAUAAAGAAAUCUUGCAAAUCCUGUCGGAUGUGUUCUGCGCUCCAGUUUACACUAUUGACACUGCUAAUUCAGCCUGUUUAGGUUCUGCUUACCGAGCAAUUCACGGGCUGGUGGCGGAGACAAACAUGUCCUUGGCCGAUGUCGUGAAAUUAGCGCCCGGACCCAGAUUAGUCGCUACGCCAGCAACCAGCGUGGCUCAGGUCUACCAACCCCUCCUUAAAAGAUACAUGUUUCUUGAACAGCAAAUGCUGAAUGAAGCAAAAAUUCCAACCACUGCCUCAUCUGAAUGAAAAUCAAACUGCAGAUCAGAAGAAACGGUAUCCGUAGUGACACAUUUCCAAGUUUUGUACUUGAAAGAGAGAGAUUGUGAUUUGUUGUCUUCUAAGAGCUGGGUAACAAAUGUAUUCAUUUUAUCUUUUUGUAUGCCAUGAGAGGACAUCCAAUAUCUGUAUAUCUAUAUCCCUUUCCAUGCCAUCUUUUUCUUCCUCUCUGUUGCUACCGUAGUAUUGGAUCAUGGAAAGGAACUCUUGAUCCACGACGCCCAGUAUUCUGGCCUGUACAUUUUGCAACUUAUCAAGGCAAACCAACACAUUGGGUUUAUCUUUUAUUUAUAGAGUCUCUAGCAAGCUGCUCUGGAUGGCUGGCGAGGAGCAUUCACAAGUCAGGCAGACACGCUCCGUUUCCUGCCUCCGCAGCAUUUUGUAUCCCAUGUUUGUACAAGUUCACCAUUCAAGUGUGGAAUCUAGUUUUGGAAAUCUCAGCAUGCUUCUUUCAAAGCUGUUGGCUGUGCAGAAAAAGGCUUGCACGCGCACUAACUGUGGCAAGUGAAGGCUUGUAAUAACCUACACUAACAAUGCCUUAAAAACUAGUGUAACCACCAUGGCUUCCUCUGCAGAGAAUUCUAUGAAUUUCAUGUCAGUUUUCUGGAAAUUCUUUGUAAGACAUCACCCCCACACAUACAACUUUUGCAGAAGUCCAAUUCCCGGGGUGGGGGUGGGGGUGGGGGAGGGCAGUGAUGACUUAAAUUUAUGUCAAUCUGUAGUACAGAGAGAGAUCCACGAAAGCCAGCUGGAGACUGAGCAAGCUUCCAGAGGUUACAGUGGUUGGUUCUCUGCACAUGUGCUUCAUCUUCUUGUACCCUUCCGACUCCCUCCUGGGUCUCCGAAGGGUCUUCCAACCUCAGUCUGUGUAGCGUUUCUUCUCCACCUUCCUUCCUUUGUGUCACAUGGUUCCUUGUUAAAAACGAAGAAAAGAAAACAAAGUUUAACGGUGGGUACAAAAUAAACAUAAGCAAAUGA